AUGACCAUAACCUAUGCAGCUAAAAACAGCUUGAGCCUAUCAGCCUGGGAGGGAACAGGAGCCAUUUCUGGCUCCAAAGGGUCCUGGACAUCUUCAUCUUUCCUUCCCAUUCUCAAACAAGAUCCCACCGAGACCACUCCGGUCGGUCCCAAAUCGAUACUGCACAAUCGAACGAUCCGCUGUCGUGUCAACCUCAACGGCAAAAUCUCCAAAAUUGUGAGAAUGGGGAAGAAGAAAAGCCCUGACGACUAUUAUCGUAUUGCGAAAGAGAGGGGAGCCGACCAAUGUUGGACUGGUAUAAACAACGAUGUAACAUACGGCAGCUUAAGCAAAGGCGAGGAAAGCACAGAAAAGCGAAUUCUGAGCAUGUGGAAGGGAUACAAAGAACGUUAUCCAGAAGCCCACGAAAGACACCUGCUACAUCUCAAGAGCUUCAUGAGAGAAGUCGCAAUGGGCAUAGAGGGUAUGAGAUGCGAUCUCGGUGUGGAGCGAAGACCCGGUCUCGAGGACCAUCCUGCAGAAUCGACCGUCGUCCAUUAUUGGAAAACGUUCACCCGUACUUUCUAUCGAGCAGAUGACCCCCUCGGACCAAAGAUCACACUGUCAGUUCGACGUGUACGUGUCAAAAUCGUUCCUACCUUUACUCUGAACUCAAGUACUGAUACUGGCCGAUUUACUCAGUACAUACAAACAGACUUGCAAAAAGACUUUCCAAUGCCCAAGGUGAAGCGGCCCAGGCGAUUUGGUACCUUGACUCACUACGGACAUCUUGCUGCUCAGCAAUGGGGGGCAGAUUGGCAUAUCUACUCCGACUCGUCUGUUCGAGUUUAUGACUGGGCAGGCCUGAACGCUCAUGUCACAUCAUCUUCCAGAAUUGGGGAGUAUUUCGAGUCGACCUGUCGGCCAGGCACAGAGCGUGGAUUGCAUUUCAGGGGCAUAGAGGACGAACCUUUCUAUCCUAGCGCAUUCAGCAAGGGCGUUGAGCGAGCGGGUCCGAUCUCUCGCCGCAUUAGGGAGCUUGGGAUACGGGCUGGAUACGCUGAGCCGCCGCGCCCGCAUGACUUCAGAGCUGGCAGCUUGUUACGUGUUUAUGGACAAGGUGCUUACUUUACAGGCUCUUCUCGUACCGACGUGCUAGAACUAUUCCAAGAUCUAACAAUCCGCCGGAAUCCCUUCAUGCUGCAAGCACUCUCCGCACAGGCUCGAGCUGAGUUUGAAGAUUCCAAGGAGAUCAAAGACCUUCGAGGCGAGCUGCACACGAUCAAGCACGGAAAUGCCAACAAUCAGGGGUCGAAGAAAAGGAGAGCAGAGUUAUAUCACAAGAGACGAAGACUUGAGAUCGAGGCGUGUCGAAAACUACAAGAGCAACAGGCUUCGACAUUCGCGGAGGCAACAACCGAGCGCUGCUAUUACCGGAGCUAUUUUGAUCGAGUACGCUACCUCAUGCCUGAAAGAGAUCGGCUCGCCAAAAAUCUAUUCCAGUCUGCUCAACUACGCGAAUCACUUGGACGAAGCGCCCUUACGGACUUGAUUGCUCUGUGCACACAGAAGCGCGAGGUCCAGUAUCGGCCGGGGUUAGAACCAGACAAGUGCAACUGCAAAAGAAGCCAAGAAGACUACGACUGGAAACAUAUUCACGACUGCUACAAGAAGCAGCAAUCAGCCCCGACAACAUUCUGCUUCAUGUGCCACCAGUGGAUUGCGGGGAAGGACGAAUGGAAAGGGCAUUGCUUAUCACACUUAGAACGCUCGGACACUAUCCCCAAGUUCUGUGAUCCCCUUACCCACGCUGUCAUCCACACUGUCAGAGGAAAGCGCCAUUCACCUCGCUACAAGAGCUCCUUUAUCACAUCGAGGAUUCUCAUGGCUGUCGCCUGA